AUGGCUCUGGCACACCGUGUACCUGCAGCUGUAUCGCGGCAGAAUCUGGCGGCUGCCCUGCGGAGGGCGAACGUCGGUGCACGUGAAUUGCUGACAAACCCGGAACCGGAGAUGCCUCGUCUCUGCUUCCCACCAGGGCAACUACAGGGGCUACAUGGACGACACCGAAUCGCAGCCGGGCUGGAGGUCUUGUCGCCUGCCCACCGCUGGUGGGUCGUUGACGUUUAUUCGGACGAUAUCGGGGACGACCUGAAGACAUCUCUCAUCGAAGAAUAUUCCAACGAGAUGCCCCCGAGCGAUGGAGAAAUCUACCGCCGAAUCCGCCAGUAUGCAAACGACGGAAAUCUCCACGGAGAGCUGCGGUGGAAGGCUCGGCUGUGUUCGAACAGCCAAACCCGUCUGCAGUCGCUGUUUAAGAAUACUCGCCUCAGACAUGCCUUUGACGGCGUGCUUGGAAUACCAGGACACCGGAAUGCAAUGCGGAUCAGCAUGCUCCAUCGAGUCAUGGCGGUCAGUUGUGACGAGGAUUUCUGGUUCUCUCUCGUCGACGACGAUCCAGCGUCGGUGGCGAAGAUUGACCAGCAUACGGUCGAGACGCUCCAGUUGAUGGUGCCGCGCUCCGAAGCCAAAGUGGUGCGCGGUCUUGUGACCAGUGGUCAGAUCUUCACCGACUUUGAUGAAGACGAAAGAGAUGCUAUCUGGGAGAAGCUGCGGUCGUUCGGCGCCCUGGUUCCAUCCCUGAAUUCUUUCUUCGAAGACUUCAAGUGUUUCGAAAGCUGGGCCCACUGUCUGACAAGACUGUUCACCCUGGGGAAGUCCACUGUACGUCAGACGAUGGACGGCUUAUGGACAACGUGCAGCGACGGCGGUGACAUGUGCCCGGUUCAGACCUCCGAGUCCGCCUUCGACGGUCGGCAUGUGGCUGUACGCCAUGCGCCAUUAUCCACAGAUGCCUCGCGACCCAAAACGCAAAAAUCGGCUGGCCAAGGCGCGGAACGCGACCGCGGAUGA